AUUCUAUAUUGAUCCCAUCGAGUAUCAAAAUCAAUUAAUCACACUCGAAGCAUGUUCUCCAACACCCAAAGAUUUAAAUUGAAUAAUAUUGAUGACGAUGGAAAGAAGCCAAAUUUUCUUUCAAUACUGGGCGUUCCUGGCUUUUUUUGUUUAGAUGUAUGGCGAGCGUCAAUGGGAGAACUCAUAGGCUCAGCGGUUCUUGUUUUCAUGUUGGAUACUAUAGUGAUUUCCACUUUAGAAAGUGAUACGAAAAUGCCAAAUUUGAUCAUGUCAAUUCUCAUUGCAAUUGUGAUCACAAUUCUACUUCUGGCUGUUGUUCCGGUGUCAGGAGGCCAUAUCAAUCCGAUUAUCUCCUUCUCGGCCGCGCUCGUCGGAAUUAUAUCCAUGUCAAGAGCCAUAAUUUACAUAAUGGCACAAUGUGUUGGUGCAAUUUUAGGUGCACUAGCUCUCAGAGCAGUGGUUAGUUCAUCAAUUGAAGAUACUUUCUCACUUGGUGGUUGCACUAUCACAAUAAUUGCAUCAGGCCCAAAUGGGCCCGUUAUUGUGGGCCUAGAGAUGGCCCAAGCCUUAUGGCUAGAGAUAUUUUGUACAUUUGUUUUUCUCUUUGCUUCAAUUUGGAUGGCUUAUGAUCAUAGACAAGCUAAGGCUCUUGGCCUUGUCACUGUCUUGUCCAUUGUUGGUUUGGUGUUAGGCCUUCUAGUGUUUAUCUCAACCACAAUCACCGCUAAAAGAGGCUACGGUGGGGCGGGGAUGAACCCGGCGAGGUGUUUGGGGCCCGCACUUGUUAGAGGAGGUCACCUUUGGGAUGGACAUUGGAUAUUUUGGGUUGGACCAACUAUUGGUUGUGUAGCCUUCUAUGUAUACACAAAGAUUAUUCCAGCAGAACAUUUCAAUGCAGAAUAUGGAUACAAACAUGAUUUUGUUGGAGUUGUCAAGGCUUUGUUUGGGUCCAAUGUAUAAAGGCCCAUAAUCAAUAAUGGGCCUAUUUGAUGUAUUUAGUUUUGGAUUUCUUUAUUAUGGGCCAACAAUAACUAAUGUGUAAUGGGCCUAGCCUUAGUAAUAGAAUAUCAGAUCAUAUUGUCCCUACCCACUUCCCUUCAACUUGAUGUAAUUUACUCUUAAACUUAUCAAUGUUUCAAUAAGUUUCUCUUUC